CUGAGCACUUGGAGAACAGCAAGGCAAGGUUUAAUUAUUGUGUGGGCAGGACUAGAGAAGAGAAGACACUGAAUUAGCUGAAGUAUGUUUCUAAGAGAAAACUGGGUUUCUGCUCAUUGGGCAUGGCAGAGCAUGAGGAAGUUUUUGCUUUUAUUUGCUCUCUUAAUAUUACAAACAGCUGUUUUGGAAGCCAGGAAAGAUCAUCAAUUUGUUUGGAAAACAGGUCACUGGGGACGAUGUAUAGGUGACUGUGGGUCUGGUGGCAUUCGGAGUCGUGCAGUGUGGUGUGUCCAUGUAGAAGGUUGGACAACCCAUCAUUCAAACUGCGAACAAAGGGACAAACCUGAAAACCAGAGAAGUUGCUUUAAAGUCUGUGAAUGGCACCUUGAGCUCUUUGAGUGGGAAGUUUCAGAAUGGAAUCUUUGUGUGCUUGUUCCUUUUGCUCAUGGCGAAGUCAAACCAAGGACUUCAGAUUGUGUGACUGCACAGCAUGGGCUACAGCACAGAAGUGUACAUUGUAUUCAGAAACUGAACAGAACUAUAGUUGUCAACGAAAUAUGUGAAUAUUUUACACCACAACCACCUAUAGAACAAGCCUGUCUAAUACCCUGUCCCCGGGACUGUGUUGUAUCAGAGUUCUCAGAAUGGUCUGGGUGCAGCCAGGAUUGCGUAAAGAGUUUACAACACAGAACUCGUUCUGUUCUCUCCCCACCUCUCUAUGGUGGUUCCCAAUGUCCAAAUCUUACGGAAUCAAGAAUGUGCAACGUUUCUGUCUCUUGCUCUCUUGGGGAAGAAGAAUAUACCUAUAGUCUUAUGGUUGGACCUUGGAGUAAGUGUAGACUGCCUCACCCUAAAGAAGUUAGUUUGAUUGGAAGAACCAUGCUGGACUUCAGUUCAGAUUCUACAGAGCGAAGCACGUUCAGACUGCAAGUUUACAAACCACACCAUCAUUCCAAGCCAUGGGAUGUAGAGCUAGGUUAUCAGACUAGGCAGGUUAGGUGUAUAAGGAGUGAUGGGAAAAAUGCAAUGUUGAGCCUUUGUAUGCAAGAAGCCAUCCCCUUGACCUUUCAGUCCUGUGUCAUCCCUAAAGACUGUGAAAUGUCUGAUUGGUCUGCAUGGAGCACCUGCUCGAAGACUUGUCACUCAGGGGAUCUCUCACCCGGAUUCCGAAGCAGACGCAGGAGCAUAAAGCACAUUGCAGUGGGUGCGGGGAAGGAGUGUGCUGAGCUAGAAGAGAAGGAGGCCUGCAACAUACAAGGAAAAAAGUUUCUGCAGCCUUGUCCCAGGUUUUCAUGGAGGACUUCUGAAUGGAAAACAUGCCAAGUGACAUUUCUCCUUGACCAGCAGGACCCUCGACGACAUAAAUACACAGUGCUUUGUGGAGGUGGCAUACAAAUCCGGGAAGUAUUUUGUGCUCAAAUCAGGAUAGAAUCAGGGAUACACAAGUUAAAGGAAGUCACCAAACCUGAUGACAAGAAGUUGUGCCCUGGCCUUGCUCCCUCUGCCUCCCAGCUGUGCACUGUCCCAUGUCCUUCUGAGUGCCUGGUUUCUGCUUGGUCUGUGUGGGGACCUUGUGUUCAUGAAAACUGCCAGGAUCACCUAGGAAAAAAAGGCUUUAGAACGAGAAAAAGGCAUGUUGUUGCAGAGCCCGUUGGUACUUCUGGGGGCUGUCCACAUGUAAUAGAAUCUAUUCCUUGUGAAGACCCAAUGUGUUAUCAGUGGGCCAUUUCAGAGGGCAUGUGUGUACCUGAUCAUGGAAGAUGUGGGCAUGGGAAUCGCAUAGUGAAGGCUGUAUGUAAGAACAGUGAAGGUCAAGAGGUAUCACAUAACCUUUGCUCAGAGGUUCCCCGUCCUGAAACAAUGGUGUGUGAGGUCCCGUGUGCGCUGGAUUGUGUUGUUAGUGAGUGGUCAGAAUGGUCACCUUGUUCCCACACAUGUUCCAGUAAAAAUUCUGAAGGCAAACAAAGCAGGACUAGAUCUAUCCUGGCACUCCCAGGGGAGGGUGGAAAACUGUGUCCUCCUAGUCGAGCCCUGCAGGAAUAUCGCUUCUGUAAUGAUCACCCUUGCACACAAUUCUAUUGGGAAGCUUCUCCGUGGGGUCCUUGUUCUGAAGACACUUUGGUAACUGCCCUCAAUGCCACCAUUAGCUGGAAUGGAGAAGCUACUUGUGGAGUGGGUAUACAGACAAGGAAGGUCCUUUGCAUGAAGAAUAGUUCUGGCCAGGUUAUGAAUAAAAGGUGUCCAGAGUCCAUCAGACCUGAAACAGUGCGUCCAUGUUUGCUCCCAUGCAAGAAAGAUUGUGUUGUUACUCCUUUCAGUGAGUGGACACAGUGCCCUACAACAUGUCAACAUGGCAAUGCUACAGGAAUUAAACAGUCCCGCUAUAGGAUUAUCAUUCAGAAUGCUGUCAAUGGGGGACAGGAGUGCCCAGACACCUUGUAUGAAGAAAGAGAAUGUGAAGAUAUUCCUGUCUGCCCAGUAUACAGGUGGAAGGCCCAUAAAUGGAGCCAUUGUGUACUAGUGCCAGACUCUGUGAGACAGGGCAUACUGGGACAUAAUGAAGCAUGUGGCCAUGGCCUGCAAUCAAGGGCUGUUACAUGCCUCUCGGAGAAUAACCAUUCUGCAGAUGUCACUGAGUGCCUGCAGUGGAUAGGACCUAUGCCUCCCCUUGUACAGGAGUGUUUAGUUCCCUGCAAAGAUGACUGCACAUUUACACCUUGGUCUAAAUUUACAGCAUGCACCGUAGACUGUGAAUCAACAAAAAGUAGAAGGAGAUCACUGACAGGGAGAAGCAGAAAGCGAGACAAAUGCCAGAAUACAGAAGUUUAUCCUCAAGUUGAAAUGGAAGCAUGCCCCUGUGAAACGUUUUCUUCCCAGCCCUAUGGAAAUUGGUCAGAUUGCAUUAUUGCAGGGGAUAAAACAGAGCCUCAAUUAGGAAUAAGAUUCUAUGGAGACCCCAAAGAAUGUGGAGAAGGUAUACGACUCCGUGCAAUUGCCUGUUAUGAUAAGACCGGCAGACUUGUGGAGCCGUCUUACUGCAGCAGUUCUGGUUACAUUGAAGAAGCUUGUAUAGUGCCUUGUCCAUUUGAUUGCAAGCUAAGUGACUGGUCUAGCUGGGCCCCUUGCAGUUCAUCUUGUGGAACUGGGAUGAAAAUAAGGUCAAAGUGGCUGAAAGAAAAGCCUUAUAAUGGAGGUCGUCCAUGUCCAAAAUUGGAUCUCAAGAAUCAGGCUCAGGUGUAUGAGGCAGUCCCAUGCUACACUGAAUGCAAUCAGUAUUCCUGGAUAGUAGAGCCAUGGUCUCCAUGCAAAAUCAACACUGAGCAAAAUUCCCUACAUUGUGGGGAAGGAAUACAAACAAGAAAAAUCAGAUGUGUAAAUACUUCGGAAGAUGGUGAAGGAGAGGCUGUGCCCAACAUGCUAUGUAAUCAGUCUGAAACCCCUAAUGAAGUUCAAAAGUGUAGCCUAUACUGCCCCUAUGAGUGUGUGAUGUCUAACUGGGGACAAUGGAGCAAAUGCCCGCAGGUAUGUGAUCCCAAUAUUAUGCAAACACGUGUUCGCCAUGUGUUAAGGUCUCCUUCAGAUGCCAAGACUUGCCCAGAAGAUUCACAAAUGCAACCUUGUGUUCUCAAUCAAAAUUGCUUCCAGUAUGAGUACAAUCUGACAGACUGGAGUACAUGUCAACUAAGUGAAAAUGCAACCUGUGGACAAGGGAUUAGGAGCCGCCUUUUGAGCUGUGUGCGCAGUGAUGGAAAAACAGUAAAUAUAAACCACUGCGACCAGCUGCAUUUGGAAAAACCUAUACAAAUGACCAUUCAGUGCCUCGUGGAUUGCAUUGUGAAUUGUCAGCUUUCCAAGUGGUCAGCCUGGUCACAAUGUUCACACACUUGUGGUGUUGGAGGCCAAAUGACACGCACUCGAUCCAUAAUUAUGCAGGCACAAGGAGAAGGAAGGCCAUGUCCUACGCAGCUUACCCAGUACAGAAAUUGCCCUGUAAAACCAUGCUACAGUUGGAUUCUUGGGGAGUGGUCUCCAUGCAAAGUAGAGAGUGGAAAAUGUGGUGAUGGGUUCCAAGUUCGCAAUCUCACAUGUGUCGUACAUGAUGCUUCUCCCUCUGGUACAUCCAAACAAGUAGAAGGUGCAUUAUGUGGAGAGUUGCCUUCUAAAGACAAUGCGCUACAACUAUCAUGUUCAGUGCCUUGCCCAGGUGAUUGCCAUUUGACAGAAUGGUCAGAGUGGAGCUCGUGUGAACUAACAUGCAUUGAUGGCAGGAGCUUUGAGACUACUGGUCGCCAGUCUCGAUCAAGAGCAUUUAUCAUACAGUCUUUACAAAACCAAGAGAGCUGUCCUGAACAAGUGAUAGAGACACGGCCUUGUUCAGGAGGGAAAUGUUAUAACUAUUCAUGGAAAACCAGUCUUUGGAGAGAUAAUGAACGCACUGUGUGGUGUCAGCGUUCAGAUGGGAUGAAUGUGACAGGAGGUUGUUCAGUUCAGACCAAACCUGCUGAAACCUGGCACUGCAGUCCGGCAUGCAGAAAACCGUUCUCCUAUUGCACUCAGAGUGGAGUCUGUGGUUGUGAGAGAGGAUAUACAGAAAUAAUGAGAUCAAAUGGUUUCCUGGACUACUGCAUGAAGGUACCAGGUUUAGAAGAUAAGAAAGCGGAUGUCAAAACCAUAGCUGGAAAGAAUAAACCUGUCAAUUCAAAAAUGCAUGACAUUUUCAAAGGAUGGUCUAUUCAGCUUUUUAAUACAGAUGGCAGACUUAAAAUAUGGGUGUAUGGAGUAUCAGCUGGUGGUUUUCUCAUCUUGAUUUUGGGGAUUUUUACAUCCUAUCUUGUUUGCAAGAAACCAAAACAGCAUCACAGUCCUCCUCCACAACAGAAACCCCUGACUUUAGCAUACGAUGGAGACAUAGACAUGUAACAAAAAAAUCCAAAUUUAGACAUCAGCUGCCUUAACUGCUU